AUGGCGACGUCCAGCUCCUGUGUGGUGAUCAGCGAUGAGGAGCAGGGUUAUGACCUGGACCUCUUCUGCAUACCCAAGCACUACGCGGCUGACCUGGAGAGAGUCUACAUCCCACACGGGCUCAUCCUGGACAGGACAGAGAGACUGGCCAGAGAGAUCAUGAAGGAAAUGGGGGGCCACCACAUCGUGGCCCUCUGUGUUCUCAAAGGGGGUUACAAGUUUUUCGCCGACCUGCUGGACUACAUCAAGGCCCUGAACAGGAACAGUGACCGCUCCAUCCCCAUGACAGUGGACUUCAUCCGCCUCAAGAGCUACUGCAACGACCAGUCGACGGGUGAAAUCAAAGUGAUCGGUGGAGACGACCUGUCGACCCUGACGGGCAAGAACGUCCUGAUUGUGGAGGAUAUUAUUGACACGGGGAAGACGAUGAAGACGUUAUUGGAACUCCUCAAACAGUACAAUCCCAAAAUGGUGAAAGUAGCGAGUUUGCUGGUGAAAAGGACACCGAGAAGUGUUGGCUACCGGCCCGACUUUGUAGGAUUCGAGGUUCCCGACAAGUUCGUGGUGGGAUACGCUCUAGACUACAACGAGUACUUCAGGGACCUAAAUCACAUCUGCGUCAUUAGUGAAACGGGGAAGGAGAAGUACAAGGCAUGAAGAGAAUCUCCACGGCAGAUUGCAGAGACUGGUCACCUUUUUAUUCCCUUCUUCUUUUUGCCAAUCAUUUUGUCUUCACUUGAAGUUACAUUUGAAAAAGAAAGACGCUCAGCCUGCUCAGGGUCCCUGAGGAAACUCUGUGGGAGGGAUAGUCACACAUUUCCUGUUCAGUUAGCAAGCGCGCACACACACACACACACACACACACACACACACACACACACACACACACACACACACACACACACACACACACACACACACACUCAAUCAGCUCCUGAAGACUGAUUGCCUCAGAGAAAACAGCAUGGAGGCCAGCUCCACUUGUAAUUAUUGUGAUGUGUUUUGCCCUCCCCCCAAAAACACACAUACACACACACUGAUUUCUUUGUUUGUUUUUUUUUUUUUUAAGCAAUUGAGUAAUUUAUUCAGAGCAACGCUGCUAUCUUAAAGUCCAAAAUCUGCUUAAUUGUGCUAUCAUGUAAUUGCAUUUUUGAUACACUCUUGAUUUUAUUGUAAUCUCACUUCCAACGACUGAAGAACAGGCGCCAUAAAAGAGGAUGCAACGCUUUCUUCCAGUCUGUAUGUAUAUUUUGGGAGAAGACUUUAACUUUUCUACGGUACUGUGUGAAACGGUAGUCCUAGAACACGUUGUAGAGAAAAAGCAACCCGAAUAUUUCCCUGAUUUAACUCACACGUGUGCUGAAGAUUGAAAAAUAUUGGUUCGAAGAGUUCAAGAAUUUCCCCCCAGGUAUUGAUAAAGUAUUUCUAUUCUGUCUCCCAAUAAAAUGUGUGACAGAGAAGACGGUGGUCCUUCAUGCUGGAUUUCACAAGUCUGACAGCUGAAAGCUUUACAAUCAUUGAAUCAGGCACUUAUAAUGGAACUGGUAGAGUUUGCUUUUAUUCAGCCAUCACUGUAAUCCUGAACACCAGCCAUUAAAUGUUCUCACCUCUC